UAUGCGCAGUUGGCGAUCUUGCUUGGGCACUCUGGCACGACAGAGCAUAAGCCGCUGAUCCUGACGUGCGUAACUCGCUUGGCCGCGAAGAAGAUGCCCUCGAAAACAAGCCCCACACACCAUGCGGUCGCAUCAGAGUUGCAAGGAAAGGAGCAGUUCUUCAAAUGCAGUGGGAUAGAAUUUGUCGACAUCACCGUCUCUGAGAACGCUUCGCAAAUUCUGCGACCCCAGGUUUCAUCUCCUGUCACCAUAGAUUGGCAGGACAUAACCUUUCGUGUUCAAGCCGGCAAAGGAAAGAAAACGCUGCUUAGUAGCCUUUACGGGAGGGCGUCUCCAGGCACACUGACGGCCGUCAUGGGACCAUCCGGGGCCGGCAAAACUACUCUGCUCAACAUAUUAUCAGGCUUCUAUGAUAAAGGCUACGCAGGUGAGGUCCACGUUAACGGCUAUGUUCGUGACCCCAAGCUCUUCAAGAUGCAAAGCUGUUACGUUAUGCAAGACGACUGCUUGCUGAAACACUUGACUGUGCGUGAAACCCUCGGAAUGAAAGUCGAGCUGUGCAUGCCGGAUCUUGACGACGGAAAUAUUUCCCAUUUUGUAGCAGAAACCAUAAGCAAAUGGGGCCUGAACGACUGCACCAACACGCUGGUGGAAUCACUUUCGGGCGGAGAAAAGAAGCGCCUGUCUAUUGCACAGGAACUCAUCGGAAACGCACCACUAGUAUUCCUGGACGAGCCAACAAGUGGAAUGGACAACACUUCGGCACUGCGCUGCGUUCGCGUGCUCAAGUCGCUUGCUUCGUGCGGACACACCGUGAUUUGUGCAAUCCACAAUCCAAGCUCUGCACUGUUCUCGCAUUUCGACAGACUUUACGUGCUUUCGGAAGGAAGAUGCAUAUACAAUGAUUCGGGGAACAAGCUGUUGGCAUUUUUGGCCUCUCAAAACCUUCACUGCCCACUUCACACCAACCCUACUGAUUUCAUUACAGAGAUAGCCGCUGGAGAACAUGGAGAAGUGAGAGGGAACUUGUCCAAGCUGUUCAUUCCCAAUCAAUUCACUCAAGACAUAAAUAAAUGCAUUGACUCUUUUGAGUUCAGCCCUCACGGAGGACAGCCUAUGACUGAGAAGGAAAAGGAGGAGCAAAUGCAUCAGUACCGGUUCCGAGUAAAACGCCAUCGGCAGUUCCUGACAUUAUUGAAGAGGUGCUUCAUUUGCAUCAUUAGAAACCAGGUUACCGCGUUCACCCGCAUAGCGUCAUGUGUGUUCUUCGCUCUCCUGUUGUCCAUUUUGUACUACGGUUGUGGCAGCAGGGCUGCGCAGGUUCGGGACACGGCUGCCUUGUUUGCCGUCACUACGUUCAUCCUACUGCUGGGAUUCGUAAGCAGCACCGUACUCAUACUUCCCUUGGAGAUGGACGUUGUCAUGCGAGAGCAAAGAAACAGGUGGUACGACCCAAGUGUGUACUACGUUGCAAGACUAAUCGCCGAAUUGCCAUUUACGAUCGUCUGUCCUCUCAUUAUGAUUGGUAUCGUCCACUGGACCACUUCUCAGCCCAUGGAGUUGCCUCGGAUCGCCAUCAUCGCGCUUUUCGCUAUCCAGAUGUCCUCAGCGAGUCAAAGCAUUGGUUACAUUUGCUCGGCGCCUCUGAAGCCUGAGCUGGCUGUAAUCGUGGGCCUGGCGUCGACGGCACCGAUCUUCUUGUGCAGCGGGUUCUUGGUGCAACGGCGGUUCCUGCAACCGGCUUUCGCAUGGCUUCCGUACUCGACACCUAUGUUCUACGUGCACCGAGCAAUGAUGACUGCGCUAUUCGGUGGAGGCCGCGGUCAACUGGAGUGCGACGAACGAGAUGCCGACGUACUGUGCGUUCCCGUGGACGGCGCGCAAGUGUUGCACGUACUGGACGCAGAAGACGUGGACGUUGUGGCGUAUUCCGGUAUUGUGUUGGCUAUGGACUUGCUACUGAAGGUCAUCGGGUUCGCGCUGCUGAAGUGGAGGCUUAGGCGCCAUCGCUGAGAAAAAGAGGCAGUCAACGACGCCCGGUUGAGCCAGCCUAGCAUGCGCGCCAUAUUCGGCACUUCAGUAAGACAUGAUUGUUUUAGUGCAAAUGUUCUGCAUGAAAAGAAAUAACCAGUGAAAGGAAAAAGAGACAGAAAGACAGGUGCUGUCAUUCUCUCUGCUCUAUCCUUUCACAAGUUUUUUCUUUUCUGUAUUUUUGUGCUACAAAAAUCAUGUCCUACUGUAAACACCAACUCGCCUCGCAACGUUUUUACAUAAAUACGCAUUUGGUGCCGCAGAUAAACUACACUGCCUAGAAUAUACUUACCUCCCCUCCCUCCCUCCCUCCUGUCCCCCACGGCCUUUCGCGCGACGGAAGAGGUCGCGUUUGCUCUCCGCCGUGCGUUCGCUCCCGGUGGAAGCGCGCGUCCCUCGCGCGCUUUCACUCGCACAUACAGCAUAUGGUGCGCGGCGCCGAUUUCAUCGCCGUUGGACUCUAUACAGAACCUCACGGCGACGGGACAGCGACGGCGACGCCGACGGCAGAAAUCCGCGUGAGGUGUCCAUAUAAUUGCUAUCGCAACAAUAAUAAAAAAAUAGAGAGAAUAAGAGGAAAACAAAAUUCAGCACGAUUUGUGAAGGCUUUGUAUCUACCCGCAUACGUUUUCCUUCUUGCGCGUUUCAUGUACUCAGCCAGCACUGACACUGCUAGAAUUAAGAAAACAGCUGAAUGAAAUCGAAUUGUCAGAAGUGCGGCUUUUCUUU